AUGGCAUCGGGCAAAGGAGCCGGGAGACAAGCCUCCAUGUGGGAUAAUAUGCGGAUACGAUUUAUCAUCUGUUUUCUUGGAGUUUUUGUCUGUUAUUUUUACUACGGGAUCCUCCAGGAGACGAUCACAAGAGGAGACUAUGGCCAUGGAGAAAAGUUCAGAUUUGCCCAAACUUUGGUGUUCAUCCAAUGCGUCAUCAACUCCCUAUUUGCUAGAAUAUUAAUCCAGUUAUUUGAAGGAACCAAACCGGAUCCCACUAAAAACUGGCUGUAUGCUGUGUGUUCUUUGUCCUAUGUCGGGGCCAUGGUGUCGAGUAACUCAGCCCUGCAGUUUGUCAACUACCCCACACAGGUGCUGGGGAAAUCUUGUAAACCCAUACCAGUCAUGAUUCUCGGAGUGACGAUUCUGAGGAAGAGAUAUCCUCUGGCCAAAUACCUGUGUGUGCUGCUGAUUGUGUCCGGAGUGGCUCUGUUCCUCUACAAGCCCAACAAGAGCUCCGCCGUGGCUGAUGACCACGCGUUCGGCUUCGGAGAAAUCCUACUGUUGGUGUCUCUCACGCUGGACGGUCUGACCGGAGUGGCUCAGGAUCACAUGAAGGCUCGUUUCCAAACCACUGCCAACUACAUGAUGCUGAAUAUAAAUCUGUGGUCCACUCUGGUGCUGGGGCUCGCUGUGCUGUGGACCGGUGAGGUGUGGGACUUUUUGAGUUUCACCGAACGCCACCCGAGCAUCAUCUACAACAUCCUUCUCUUUGGGCUGACCAGUGCCUUGGGGCAGACGUUCAUCUUCAUGACUGUGGUCUACUUCGGCCCUCUGACCUGCUCCAUUGUGACCACCACCAGAAAGUUCUUCACCAUCCUGGGCUCCGUGAUCUUGUUUGGAAACGUCCUGACCUCCAUGCAGUGGGUCGGCACCAUCUUGGUCUUUUUAGGUCUUGGAUUGGAUGCCAAAUUUGGGAAGGGCCCCAAGAAGCAUUAA